GUACACUGAGGUGCACCUUAACAACACCAACACCAAGAACUAGUCAACAAGAUUAUUUCUGCCAAAAAUUGGGUGUGAAGGUGACUACACUUACUGAAGUCUUCCAGAGAAUUUUCCUUCACAAUAUUUACUCACUAUGUCUACUUUUAGUUUUGGGACAUCUGGCACUGGUGGGGCUACAACAGCACCAGGAGGUUUUGGCUUUGGAGGAGCAAGCAGCAAUACGACUGCUCCAGCUUCAACAGGAUUUAGUUUUGGAGGUGCGACUGGAGGAGGGACAACAACAUCAUCACCAUUUGGGUCAGCUUUUGGAACGACCAACCCAGCAGUGUCCAGUUCUGGAACACCAUUUGGGUCAGCUUUUGGAACAACCACCCCAGCAGUUUCCAGCUCAGGAACAGGGUUUGGCUUUCUGUCUAACUUUGGUGGUGGGGCCCCCAAGCCCCCCAUGUUUGGCCUGGGAGGAGUGACUAACACCAUGCCAGGAACAAGUUGCUUCAGCUUCGGGACAAAUGCCAACCAAGCAGCCAAACCAACGUUCGGAUUUGGAACUUCAACCGGGAACACUUCAGGAGGCUGUCUCCUAGGCUCAGGAUUUGGAACAAAAACAUCUUCAGCAUUUGGAACUCAACCAUCAGAUGUUUGUCAGCAGCAGGCAGUACUAGGACAGCCAGAUCCUUCCCUUGCUCUACAUCUUGCUAUAUGUACACCUUCCUACUUCAAUAAUGAAAAUGAUGAGGUCCUGCGUAAGUGGAAUCAACUUCAAGCAUUCUGGGGUGCUGGGAAAGGUUACUAUGCUCCUAACAUGCUGCCAGUUGAGUUCACACCUGAAAAUCCCUACUGCCGCUUUAAAGUUGUAUGCUAUGCCAGGAUCCCGAACUACCAUAAUGAGAAUGGCAUUGUGCAGGUCACCAUUGAAAAGGCCCUAGCAGAAGUAGAGCCUCAUAAGCAGCAGAUUAUUUCUACGCUGACUCCGAUAUUCGGUGGCGCUGAAGUAGUCAUUGAUGAAAUCUUCGCUGCUGAAGUCCCAAAUAAAACAAAUAUUCGAUUUUAUGUUCAGCAAUCUCUCCCCAAUGGAGAGAAGCAACGAGCGUCUGCCACCGAUGCAUCUCGUCAUAUGAUGGGAGCAGCUUAUACUCAUAUAUUGAAGAACUUAUGCAUUGAGCAAGUCAUUCCAUUGCUGAUGUUGACAGAAACACAGAUGAAGGAAUACCUUGACACUCCCCAGAGAGGAAUUGAUCCAGCAUUGUGGGAGCAGGGCAAGCGGGAAAAUCCUGACCCCAAGAAGUUCUUUCCUGUUGUUAAAGUUGGAUUUCAUGAGCUACAAAAACAGUUCAGGUAUCAAGAAGAACAUGCUGAACAGCUUCAGGCAAGCAUGAACAAUAUUAUGGAUGAGAUAACACUGCUAAAACAUAAACAAACUAUGGUAAAGGCUGCCAUUCAGAAUGCCAAGUGGAAACAAGCCAAUUUGACUCGCAGAGUUCUUAAGCUGGUGUCAGCACAAGAAGUUGAAAGAAAAAGAGGAGUACCACUGGACCAAACUGAGGAACAGAUCCGGAUGCGACUGGAGGAUCUGUACAUGCAACUGAUGCAGCCCACUCAGUACCGGGGAUGUUUGAACGAACUCAUGGCUCAGAUGUCAGUAAAGCCAGGAAGUUCUCGAGGCGGACCACGCUAUGGACUUGUAGGGGACAAGGAGAAGGAUGUUUCACAAUAUAUGUCAUGGCAGCAUGAUGCACUUCAAGCUGUGGUUAGCGUUCUUAAGGAAGACAUGCGGGUGGUCGAUAGUAUGAUGGAAGAAAUUCAACGCAAAUCUUGAAAAAUCUACUCUCCAUAAUUGAGCUUUAUUUUCAUGUAGGCUAAUUUUUAUACUUGUAGUGAUUGUUGAAGUUCCAUAGAAGCUUGGUUGACAGAUAGUAGUUAACUGUCAGCAAAAUAUGAGUAUGUAAAGUACAGUGAUGUCCUACUUAUCCAGAAAUCAGCUAUUGUACAGAUUUUCCUAACUUUAUGUAGUUUCACUUUAUGCAGUUUGUUGUUAAGCUGUGUCCCAGUUUCUGCCAGUAAUUCACUAUAUUUGUUAUUAAUUCACUCAUGCAGUCACCUGUGCACAGUAUUAGGAAUGUACCAAAGUACCAGUAUGGAUGGGUAUUGACUGAUUUUAAUUGUCUCUCUAUCACCCUAAAAUUGAGUAUCAGUAUCGGCAAAAAUUUUGUAUCGUCCCAUCACUACUCAGUAUCACUUGAUUUUUUCUUUAACAAUGUAGUAUCCCUUUAAAUAUCACUCUUAAACUGAUUCAUUUGAUAUAAGGAAGAAAUGAAAAGAAAAUAACAGAUUUGGACAAUGGAAAUUAAACAAACAUUUUUUUUUUUUUCAACAUGUCGGCCAUCUCCCACCUAGGCAGGGUGACCCAAAAAAAAGAAGAGCACUGUCACCAUCAUUCACGCAUAAUCACUGUCCAGAUACGACACUUUAGAAUCACUCCAAAUAGCCAAUAUCCCAGCUUUAAAGUGCAGGCAUUGUACUUUCCACCUCCAGGACUUGAGUCUGGCUAAACAGUUUCCCUGAAUCUCUUCACAAAAUUUUACCCUGCUCACACUCCAACAGUUCAUCAGGUCCCAAAAAACCAUUCGUUUCAAUUCACUCCUAUCUAACAUGCUGACACAUGCCUGCUGCAUGUCCAGGCCCUUGUACACAAAACCUCUUGAUUGAAUCCUGUGACUGAUUUUCACUUUAAAGUCUAGCAUUGUAAAAAAAAGAAAAUUGGCACAUGACCAGAGAAAGUGAAGUGGACAGAGGUAAGACAGAGAAGUUGUGAGAUGUGUUGACAGGUUCACAGUGUCUUCACACCAGACAAGGACUGCCUUUGUGGUUGGUGGUGAAAGGAGGAAAGGCAGAAGAGAGGAAAAGAUAAUGAUUUAUUUAUUUUUUUUUUUUUCUUAAUUGUUUUGAGACCAAUUUAAAUUUUGGGGGGCUUGUGGCCAUUUGGUGCCUAUGGUUUGCUUACAAUUUUUCAAGAGCGAAAAUAAGUCAAGAAAUGUAGAAUUUUUCCCACAUCAUUGUAUAGCAAAUAUGAGUGGAUUUUAUAUUUUUUCUUGCCUUUUUUUUUU